AGGGCGGUAAUAUUGUUGUAAUGACAGAGAUGGACGCCGAGGAUGGCGACUCUUUCUCGUGGGAACUCGUGAAGCGAGGCUACGCACGUGUUGCGGUACUUAGAGGGGGCAUGGACUGUGUUCGUGGUGCUACAGAAGAGUACACAGUCAACGCCAUUUACGAAUCAAAUGGGGCACGCUCGCCUAUUACUAGCAGCACCCGAUCCACACAGUCUCACUCCCGCACGCUCUCUCCGUCUGAGCUAUUGCAAACGAGCGCCGCGAAUGCGCUACGCACUUCGAACUCUACCACGGAUUCAACCGGCGCAAAUGCUUCAACUAGUGCUCAAGCUCACGGUCGUGGUACUAUACAGCGUUCGAGUUCGGGUGUGCAGCACACGUAUCGGACAAGCGGGCAAGGAGGGUGGGAUGAGAAAGGGGUGGGCAGCAGGCGGCCACGUAGGCCUGGCAGGGUGAUGUGCUCGUGCUAUGCGCCGCUUACCAACGCCGUUACAUCUGUGAGAGGUGCCAUGCUCCGACAGUGCGAGUACUAUAAGUAAUCUUGAGUUCAGCUCUACUUUGGAGUUAGAAUGUUCAUCUGUCCAUAGCAUAAGCUUCCAUGUAAAGAGAGGGUAGGCAGCUGGAGGCCAUUUUAGACUGACACUGUGUCUUUUUCCCAUUCUUUGCAGAGUUCACUCAUACUGUUUCAUGAUGAGGCGGUAUUAGUUCCGACGGUGCGAGUAUCAUAAAUUAGUUUCUUGCCUGUAAUAUACACAGUUUGACAAUAUAUUUGAUGAAAGGUGGAGCAUCUACUCAUCGUCCCCGCAGAUGGCUGCCUGAACUGUCGGUAUAAAAUCUUUCUUACGUGACACUAGAUUGCCGAUAUUCAAUACUAGCUCCUUAUCAGUGCUCACUUGGGAUUUGAAUGCUUCGAUAGCCACUUCCAUCUCAUCCUCAGAAAUAAGUAUUAAAUUAG